AUGUUGAAUCUACAGCACAACAAUAUACAGGAUGGAGCAAUAAAAUAUCUCGCUGAUGCAUUACUUAAUAAUACAACACUUGUAACGUUGGAUCUUAAAAAUAAUAUGAUCGAAACUAUGGGAGCGAUACAAUUUGCUGCUGUAUUAAUGUAUAAUACAACACUUACUACAUUAGAUGUUACAUGCAAUCAAAUCAAUGAUAAAUGGUUAGAAUAUUUAGGAGAUGCAUUAAAACGAAACAUAACACUUACCACAUUGAAUCUUCGAUGGAAGAAUAUUGAUAACACAGGAGUUAAACAUUUAUUACAUGUUAUACAGCAAAAUAAAAGAAUCGAAAAUCUAGAUCUCGCAUGGAACAAUAUUAGUGAUACAGGAAUAGAAGAAUUAGCUGUUGCAUUACAGUACAAUACAGUAAAACAUUUUACCUCUAUAUCGACGUUAUAUAUAUAUAUAUUGCGACAUUUAAUGCAGACAAUUCUUACACUCAAUCUUAUAGGCAACAAAAUUGCCAGUGCAGGUGUACAACAUUUAGCAAACGCAUUUUUACAGAAUAGAAUACUUACAACAAUAAAUAUAUCAUGCAGCGAUAUUGAUGAAACCGGAGCAAAAUAUUUGGCAUCUGUAUUACAAUGCAAUACAACACUUAUCACUCUGUGCGUCGAUCAUAAUUACAUCGACCAGGAAGGAAUGGAGUUUGUAGCUAAUGCAUUAGAUCGCAGCAAGACUCAUAGCAUGUUGAAUUUUCAAGGAAGAAAAUUCAAGCAUGGCAUGAUGGAAUCUCUAGCUGAUGCAUUGCAGCUUAAUUCGACAAUCACCGUAUUAGAUCUUCAAAGAAAUAAAAUUGAUGAUAAAGGAUCGCAACAUAUAGCUGAUAUGUUACAACACAAUACGACAGUUACUUCACUCAAUCUAAGUCAUAAUGACAUCAGCGAUAGAGGAGUCAGUUAUCUAGCUCAAGCGUUACAACAUAAUACUUCAUUGUCCAUUUUGAAUCUUCAACACACCAAAAUUGGCGACGCAGGAGUAGAAUACUUAGCCAAAAACUUGACAUUGAAUACAUCACUCACCAUAUUGGACCUUAGCGACAACACCAUUGGUGCUGCUGGAACACGUCAUCUAGCUGAUGCAUUGCAUCUUAAUAUAAUGAUUACGACGUUAGAUCUUCACAACAAUCAAAUAGGUGACGAUGGUGCUAUGCAUCUCACUAAUGGGUUACAACACAAUAGAACAGUUACUAUGUUAGAUUUAGGGGAAAAUGGCAUCAGCGAUGCUGGAGCUGAACAUCUAGCGAAUGCAUUGCAACAAAACACAACAAUUCUCACGCUGAAUCUUAAAAGCAACAAAAUAGGUGAUUUAGGAGCAGUACAUCUAGCCAAUGCAUUACAACAAAAUUCAGUGAAUUAA